ACAAUGACGUUGCCUACUCCAUGGUAGCUUAUUUUGUUUGGCACUCCUAGCUUUAUUUCACAUAACCGGCGAUUAAAAGUGCGCUCCGGUAAACGAUGGCCGAAGAGGCCUCGGAAUCCGCCCGGCCGCCUCAACAUGACGCAGGGCUUCUCCAGCAGCGAGUGGAGGCUCUGGCGCAGGAACGCGCUGACUUCCUGAAGCUCAAGCAGCAGCUGGAGACGGAGUUCAACCAGAAACGGGCAAAGUUCAAGGAGCUCUACCUGUCCAAAGAAGAGGAGCUGAAGCGCCAGGCCGUAUCUCUGGAAAGUGUCCAGGUAGAGCUGAGGCAUGUACAGGACCAGCUGGCCGAGGCCAGGGCCGAGAAUGAGAACAUCAAGGCCGUGGCGACUGUUUCGGAGAGCACUAAACAGGAGGCCAUCGACCAGGUCAGGCAGCAGUGGCAGGAGGAAGUGGCCUCCUUACAGGCCAUUAUGAAAGACACGGUGCGGGAAUACGAGGUGCAGUUCCACCAGCGGAUGGAGCAGGAACAUGUCCAGUGGGCUCAGUACCGGGAGGGUGCAGAGAGAGAGCUGGCCGAACUGCGGCGGCGCCUGUCCGAGGGCCAGGUGGAGGAGAACCUGGAGAACGAGAUGAAGAAGGCCCAGGAGGACGCAGAGAAGCUGCGCUCCGUGGUGAUGCCGAUGGAGCAUGAGAUUGCCGCCCUGAAGGCCAAGCUGACUAACUCAGAAGGCCGCGUCAAGGAGCUGGAGGCCGCAAAGGUGAAAGAGCUCAACCAUGUUCUCGAGGCCGAGAAGUCAUGCCGAACUGAUCUGGAGAUGUACGUGGCUGUUCUCAAUACCCAGAAGUCUGUUCUCCAGGAAGAUGCAGAGAAACUCAGAAAAGAACUCCAUGAAGUGUGCCAUAUGCUGGAGCUGGAGAGGCAGCAGCACACCCAGCUGAAGCACACGUGGCAGCGCGCCAACGACCAAUUCCUGGAGUCGCAGCGGCUGCUCAUGCGGGACAUGCAGCGUUUGGAGAGCGUGCUGUCCUCUGAGCAGCUGCGCCAGGUCGAGGAGAUGAAACGGAGGGACCAGGAGGAGGACGAGAAGGAGCGUUUGAGUCAGGCCAAGGAGGUCAGCGAGGGCGAUGGGGUGGAGCAGGCGGAGGACUCUUUGCUCGGCCUCUCAAUAGAGGAGUCACACCAAGACUACAGCAUCCACAGCUCCAUGCACUCCCUGGAUGAGGAGGCCUCGUGCGGGCCGGACUCGGCUGAGCCAUGCAGGGACAGCCUCCGGCGGGCGCAGUCCACAGAUAGCUUGGGCCCGGCCGCGAUGGGCAGCCUGCAGCCCCAGGGCCUUGGCGGCCAUAACCAGAAGGCUAAGUCAGCCAGCAACCUGGACGAGUCUGACUUUGGCCCGCUGGUCGGGGCUGACGAGGUGGCCACGCUGCAGCCGGCACCGGGCCACUUCCUGCUCACCAAGGACCAGGAGAAGGCCAUCAAGGCCAUGACCCCAGAGCAAGAGGAGACGGCCUCCCUGCUCUCCAGCAUUUCGCAGUGUCCGGACUCAACGUACCUACCCCCUGCUGGCUACCGGCUCGUAAGCGAGACGGAGUGGAACCUGUUACAGCAGGAGCUGAAGAAUGCAGGAAGGAAGUUAGGCCGCCGGUGCGACAUGUGCUCCAACUAUGAGAAGCAAUUGCAGGUCAUCCAGGGUCAGGAGGCAGAGACGCGUGACCAGGUAAAGAAACUGCAGGCCAUGCUACGACAGGCCAAUGACCAGCUGGAGAGGACCAUGGCUGAGAAGCAGGAGCUGGAGGACUCCGUGAAGCAGGCCAAUGAGGAAACGGCCACCAAGGUCUCGGCCCUGAUGCAGAAGGCACAGAACGCGGAGUCCAUGCUGAGCUCCCUGCAGCAAGCCUUCAGCCAGGCCAAGAGGAAUACCCAGGAACAGAUGGCAGUGUUGCUGCAGUCCAGGGAACAGGUGGCGGAGGAGCUGAGCAGACUUCAGAGAGACAAUGACAGCCUGCAGGGCAGACACAGGCUGCACCUCAGCCUACAGCAGCAGGAGGACUUCCACAUGCCCACCGACAUCCAGGAACUAGAGUCAUUGGUGCUCCAGUAUCGGGAGGAUAUAGUUUCGGUGCGCACAGCUGCAGAGCACCUGGAGGAGAAGCUCAAAGCAGAGAUCUUGUUCCUCAAGGAGCAAAUCCAGGCAGAGCAAUGCCUCAAAGAGAACUUGGAGGACACACUCCAGCUGGAGAUCGAAGGCUGCAAAGAGGAGAUAGAUAUCCUGGAAGCAUCUUUUUCCAGCCUGAAGAUGGAGCUAGAACGAGUGAAGAGUGAAAAAGAACAGCUGGAGAGCAGCCUGUCUGAGAAGAGCCAGGCAGUAGAAAGCCUACAGGGCCUGAAGACCAGCCUGGAGGAACAGCUCAAAGAAGCCCUGUCCAGCAAGAGCACUCUGGAGAAUCAGGUAUUCGAUGAGAAGGAUAAAGCACAGCGGCUUCAGACGGAGUUGGACGUCAGUGAGCAGGUCCAGAGAGACUUUGUCAAGCUGUCGCAGACUCUGCAGGUGCAGUUGGAGCGGAUCCGGCAGGCAGACUCUUUAGAGCGGAUCCGCGCCAUCCUCAACGACACCAACCUGACGGACAUCAGCCAGCUUCCGGAGACAUGAUGCUCGCGCUCUCCCUGCCUCCCUCCCUCCCUCACAAUCAUCCCCUCUCUCACUUGUGCACAAACAUGGUUGUACCUGCCUUCCCCAACUCAUCACGUCUCUUCCAACUCUGCUGGACACACAAGGGGGUUGCUGGGUGGCCAGAGGUUUUUAAACACUCAAUCUUUGCCCCCAAAAAGCAGAGAUGAAACUAACAAGACACCAUGACCUCAGACCGCAAGUCCCGGAGAACACCAUCACUGUCAUGUCUGUGGCAUGACUUUAAAAGGGGAACCUAAGAGGUUUGGGUGCAAGCCAGGUCAGCAAGCAAAUGUCCACUGUGGAGCUCCGAUAGCCUUUUAAAAGACCUCCCUUCAGUUUCAUUGGUUUCCCAGUCCGAUCAUUUAAACUUUGGAUUUAUUGGGUCCGUGGACUGUUCAUGUUACUUGGAGAGCCACAUGUUCUCUUGCGCUUUAUAUUCCCUCUUUCUCUCUUUUCUUCUUCCACCUUGCCCAUUAUUCAUCAUUUCCCCACCCUUAUGGUUCAUUAAUUCCACUCCAUCUGCUGAGCCUCAAGGCAGGCAACAGACGCAUAUGAAGGAGACCGAUCUACUUUAUCAUAUUUGUACAUACCAUGUAUACAGAAUAUAUAUGUAUAUUGCAUCAAGUUAAGUUAAUUCGAGUGUGUGUGUGCGUGUGUGCGUGCGUGCGUGCGUGUAUACCCCCCUACGUUCUCCUAACCAGGUUCCUUUGUUUGCUUUGGGUCCGUCAUUCAUUUCAGUGUUGUCGCAACCCCCAGUGGGUAGUUGUUAAACCCACACCCAUUCCUUUGCCGAGCUAAAGUUCACAUGAAUGGAGGACCUCCACACAAUCUCACCUCAAGCUGUGGUGAUCCUUUUGUAUUAUUUCAGCUGACCGACUUCUCUCUACUGCUAGCAAAUGCAUGUUAUGUCAAAAUGUCUUCUUUUUUGCCAGUAUUUGUUUGUUUGUUUGUUUUUUAGUUGGUGUGGUGGUCUGAUGAUAUUUACAGUUUAACACUCUAUUUUUCCUUUUGCUGUGGAGCUAUGUAAAAAUCAUGUUAAAACAUUUGACAUAGUCGAAGCCAUCGCUCUGCAGCCCACGUCAGCUUUAAGCUUGCUGCAUGCGGAACAAGACUACGCUAGCUAGCUGCCUUCAUGUCCACUGUCCAGAACACUGCAAGGCCCUUUGAGUUAAAUGCUGCGUGUUCACCAUAAUAAAGAUUAAGAAAAGAGGUCAUCCAUAUGCAGCCAGGAUGAGUUAAAAUUGCACACAAGACCUUCGGAACCAAAGUGACAUUUUUGCCUGAAUUAUUAAGGGCAACAUAUGUGAGUAGCAAAUAAAUAAAUGGUGAGCGGGAGGGUGCAGAGUUGAAAGGAUUUUAUGAAAAUUGACAUGGCAACACAUGUUUGUCUUGUGUUCAAAGUAUCAUCUGGUUGCUUCUCCAACUCUUAAUACAGAGGUUGUACGGGGUCAUUUUAUUGACAUCUCAGUUAUCUUAGAAUAGGACUCAUACAAAUGUACUUUUGUUUUUGUUACAGUUCACAGUAGAUGAAAUGGCAUGUGGUUUUUUUUUUUUGUUUUGUUUUGUUUAGUUUUUUUUUUACCCUGCUAAACAUGGCCAGACUGCAUAGUAAUAAUUGUUCCUAUCUGGAAAGUUUGUGGGAAACUUUUUUUUUUAUAUAGUGCUACUGAUACUUACUGGAAAUGCAUUUGCACUCAAAACACACUUGUAUGUGUCCCAGACGUGCAUGUGACAACCAUCCAAAGUUGGACAUAAAAGUUUAUCUGGCAACACAUAUAACCAGACAUUGUCUGGAAUUUGAAUAGUUCUCAGAAAUUAUGACUUGUUGAAAGCCAGUCACAUUUGAAUUCAUCUGUCCCAUGCAUAUGAACUUGAUUUAGACAAAAACACUGAAGAGUUUGUCAACUGGUAGCUGAUACAACACAGAGAUGUGAAGUGGGUAUGUGUGGGCUGCAUGUGAACUUUAACCCUGAGGAGGAUGGAGUCAGUCAUGAAUGUUUGUUUAAAUUUAAAGUUGCUGCUUGUGUCUUAGAGAUGGAUUAUGGCUGGUAAGGUGCAACCUCAUUGUCUGCUGAAUAUCAACAGGUUUGUCUUGUUGGAUGCUACUUGCCACAGCUGUGGUUUUAUUACUAAGUCGCUGUUUGUGGCACCCUGGCAUUCAUAACAUUCAAACAUGUAGACUACAUUUUAAAAAUACUUUUAAAACCAAACUGCUAGGUGUUGAUUGAACUCUAAGCUACAUAACAUUGGAACAGGAUAGUUAAAAAGUAAUUCCCCCCCAAGGCAGUAUAAUUUGUAUCCCAUCUCCAGUGGCUUUAUGGAGAAUCUUAGUUAUAUAUGGCACUAACAGUUGUUAAGUUUGCAUGCUGUGUUCCAACUUUAGAAGCCCGUGGAAAUUUAUAUACUGUAUUGUGUACAUAUCUCUGUAUAUAUAUCUAAUAAACCAAAUUGUACUUAAAGCA